CGCGAGGGCCGGGUACGCGCAGCCGGCACGCGGGUGAAAGUCCUCCGAGGCGCGGCGGGCGGUGACGAGGUACAGGCACUGCUGUAGGAACUGCGGCCGCACCCGCGCCAGCGCCGCCGCCGUCAGCGGGCCCCGCGUACUGAGGAAGCCCCCAGCCCUCGCCAGCCCCGCGGAGUGCGAUGGCCCCGCGCAAGAAUGCCAAGGGCGGCGGUGGCGGCGGCAACAGCAGCAGCAGCGGUCCCGGCAGCGGCAGCACGAGCGCGGGCAGCAGCGGCGGCAGCAGCAGUCCCGGGGCCCGGAGAGAGACAAGGCAUGGAGGACACAAGAAUGAGAGGAAAGGAGGACUUUCUGGAAGUUCAUUUUUCACAUGGUUUAUGGUCAUUGCAUUGCUGGGAGUCUGGACGUCAGUGGCUGUCGUUUGGUUUGAUCUUGUUGAUUAUGAGGAAGUUCUAGGAAAACUAGGAGUCUAUGAUGCUGACGGUGAUGGAGAUUUUGACGUGGAUGAUGCCAAAGUUUUGUUAGGCCUGACCAAAGAUGGCAGUAAUGAAAAUAUUGAUUCUCUUGAGGAAGUCCUUAAUAUUUUAGCAGAGGAAAGUUCAGAUUGGUUUUAUGGUUUCCUCUCAUUUCUCUAUGAUAUAAUGACUCCUUUUGAAAUGCUAGAAGAAGAAGAAGAAGGAAGCGAAACCGCAGAUGGUGUUGAUGAAGGAACCGGUGGGGUAGCCAAGAGAAAAACUAAGGCUAAAGGACUUAAAGAAAAAUCUGCUUCAGAGCCAACAGUGCCACCAGAAGAGGCUGAGCUGCACAUUGAGCCAGAGGAGCAGGCUCACCUGGGGACAGAACCCCAGAAUAUCGAAGAUGAAGUAAAAGAACAAAUUCAGUCCCUUCUCCAUGAAACGAUAUACACAGAACAUGGAGAAGACCUGCAACAAGAAGAGGAUGGACCAGCAGGAGAACCGCAAGCAGAGGAUGACGAUUUCCUUACAGCAACUGAUUCAGAUGACAGAUUUGAGACCCUGGAACCUGAAACAUUCCAUGAAGAAACUGAGGAUAGUUACCAUGUGGAAGAGACAGUUUCACAGGACUAUAACCAGGAUAUGGAAGACAUAAUAUAUGAACAGGAAAAUCCAGAUUCCAGUGAACCAGUAGUAGAUGAUGAGAGACUGCACCAUGAUGCAGAUGAUUUAGCACACCAACACUAUGAGGAACAAGUAUAUGAACCUUCAGAAAAUGAAGGGAUAGAAAUUUCAGAUAGUGUUGUAGAAGAUUCAAACAUAACCUCAGAAGAAGCAAGGGUUCCCCCAGCAGAGGAACAGCAGGAAACACCAGAAGUGAAUAAGAAAAGAGAUGAUGCAGAACAAAAAGAAAAAGUUAAGAAAAAGAAGCCUAAACUUUUAAAUAAAUUUGAUAAGACUAUUAAAGCUGAGCUUGAUGCUGCAGAAAAACUCCGUAAAAGGGGAAAAACUGAGGAAGCAGUGAAUGCAUUUAAAGAACUGGUGCGCAAAUAUCCUCUGAGUCCACGAGCAAGAUAUGGCAAGGCUCAGUGUGAAGACGAUCUGGCUGAGAAGAGGAGGAGCAACGAGGUCCUGCGUGGGGCCGUCGAGACCUACCAGGAGGUGGCCAGCCUGCCCGAUGUCCCCGCAGACCUGGUGAAGCUGAGUCUGAAGCGGCGGUCAGACAGACAACAGUUUCUAGGCCACAUGAGAGGUUCCCUGCUUACGCUACAGAGAUUAGUUCAACUAUUUCCCAAUGAUACAUCCUUAAAGAAUGACCUUGGAGUGGGCUACCUCUUGAUAGGAGACAAUGACAGUGCCAAGAAGGUUUAUGAAGAGGUUCUGAAUGUGACACCUGAUGAUGGCUUUGCUAAAGUACAUUACGGCUUCAUCCUGAAAGCACAGAACAGGAUUGCUGAGAGCAUUCCAUAUUUAAAGGAAGGAAUAGAAUCUGGAGAUCCUGGCACUGAUGAUGGGAGAUUUUAUUUCCACCUGGGGGAUGCCAUGCAGAGAGUUGGGAACAAAGAGGCAUAUAAGUGGUACGAGCUUGGGCACAGGAGAGGACACUUUGCGUCUGUUUGGCAGCGCUCACUCUACAAUGUGAAUGGACUGAAAGCUCAGCCUUGGUGGACCCCAAAAGAAACAGGCUACACAGAAUUAGUAAAGUCUUUAGAAAGAAACUGGAAGUUAAUCCGAGAUGAAGGCCUUGCAGUGAUGGAUAGAGCCAAAGGCCUCUUCCUACCUGAAGAUGAAAACCUGAGGGAGAAGGGUGACUGGAGCCAGUUUACACUGUGGCAGCAAGGAAGGAAAAAUGAAAAUGCCUGUAAAGGAGCUCCUAAAACCUGUACUUUACUAGAAAAGUUCCCUGAGACGACAGGAUGCAGAAGAGGACAGAUCAAAUAUUCCGUCAUGCACCCCGGAACUCACGUGUGGCCACACACAGGGCCCACAAACUGCAGGCUGCGAAUGCACCUGGGCUUGGUGAUUCCCAGGGAAGGCUGCAAGAUCCGAUGUGCCAACGAGACCAAGACAUGGGAAGAAGGCAAGGUGCUCAUCUUUGACGACUCCUUUGAGCACGAGGUGUGGCAGGACGCCUCAUCUUUCCGGCUGAUAUUCAUCGUGGAUGUGUGGCACCCAGAGCUGACACCCCAGCAGAGACUCAGCCUUCCUGCAAUUUAGCAGGAAUUCAUGAAGGCUUGGGACACUCUGGAGAGAGGCUGCCUUUCUGGUUCUGUUUCCUUGGGUGAGGGAAUAGAAGUUCAAACACCAAGGUUCUUAAUUCCCUUGACUUGCAGCCUGAGAAAUUCUAAGCCUCCUCCUAGGGUUGAAGACACUAAAGGGAAUACUUGCCUCGCUGCUGUUCAUUUAGAAAACACCCUGCUGUGUUUCAUUCCAUGACAGCACUGAUCUUAUGCCCGUAUUUAAGGUGAACAUUUGAUAGCUUCUACAUCGCCUGCCAAAGAUAUUUUUUCCACAUAUAAUAGGUCUAAAUUGAUGUACAAGAAGAAUUAUGUAGAAACUGUGAAUGUAUUGCUUUAGUUUGUAAUUAAUCUAUGCAGUUAUAUUUUUCUAAAAUAGUAGACUAUUUUGUUAUCACAUAUCACUACUUUUUUGUUGAUUUUGAUGACAAGCUGUAUAAAUGCUUUACUUCUAGCUGUUCAAUGGUAACUUUCCUGGUGAACUCAAACUUCCCUCUUUUAAUUCUUUUUGGUAAAAGAUACUCAUGAAAAAAGCAAUUUUGUUUUCCUAAUAUGAAAGAAAAGAUGUAGUUAUGCCAGUGUCUAUGAACUGUACUGAUCCCUACCCUUGAGUCUAUUUGCUUUUUUAUUUUCAUGGAUGUCCAGUGUCUUAAUUUCUCCUUUCACUGUGCUAAGGGUUGAGAUCGUAUCAAAAUAUUAUUUCUUUCUAAGAGGAACUUUUUGCACUGAAAAAGAGCAAUGGAAUCAUUUUAUAUUAAGUUAUAAAAAUGUCACAUGUAAAUUUUUUUAAUGCCAAGUAUUAGGACUUGGGGAGGAAAAUUUAUGGAAGUAAAAAUUCUGUCAGGAUUAGGUAGAGGGGUGGCUGCUAGGACAGCUGGCUCCUGGCCACUUUGCCAUCCACGAGGCAGGGCCUGGGAAUCCAGAGUGUCUCUGCUUAUUGUAGAUCAUGUGUGUGACAAGACAGCCAUUUGGUCCUUGAGAUGAUUCCCAUCACACUUUCGUAAAAAUAUUAAGAAAGGCAGAAUGGAAGGUCACCAAGAAUGCUAGGAUCUCUGUCCUGGGUGUAGGAGGUCAAGAUUGCUUUCCUGCUAGAGUUUGGAAGACUCUUUCAUUUCCCUGGCUGGAAAAAGCUUCUGCCAUUUAAACAUCACUUUAAAAUAGCAAUUGUUGUCCAUAUUUAGUUUUAAUAUUACCCAUGACAUAGGUAUUGUAGUUGAAAAAUGGUCUCGUGUACUCAUUUCCAAGGUGAUCAUCAUUCAUUUAAAGUAUUAAUGCAUUAGGCUUUGGAUUUUUAAAAUCAAAGCUACCUAGAAGUGUUAGCUAUAAGAAUGUAGUGAUAUUCAUGCACUGAAGUCUAAGCCAAUAUGAACAAAAAUGCUGCAGAUACAGCACAUAGGUCACCAAAUUUCAUUCACAUGGAGAAAAAACACUUGUGCCUUCUAGCCUUCUUUUCCAUCUAAGGACAAAUGAGGAGUCUUUUUUUUUUUUUUUUUUGGUUUAUUUAAAGAAUAGUUCUUUAAAAUAAACAAAAAGUGACCCUUUUUGUUUGACCUUAAGGACAUUAGCCUCCAGUAGAGGAGUUUGCAAAAUAUUUGUCCUGUUCCUUCUGUUGCCAUGUUCAAAAAUCCCACUAAAACAGAUAGAAAGGCAUGGGUGGAAAAAUAUAAAAAUUAUCAAAAUCCAGAAGAGAAAGCAAACUCUUGAAAAAUACAAAGGUAUUUAUGUCCUUCAGUAUUUAUUGAACAGAGGAGAUGACUGACAAAGGGUAAUACAAUCCAGUGUUCACGUCGUAACAUUCAUGUCAUUUAUCGAAUUUGGUUCUCAUAUGUAUAUUGCAUACACAUAAAGAAAUUCAAACUAUGAGUUGUCAUUGUUGAACCAUCAUCUUACAUUCAUUUAAUGAAAUUAUGGAAUAGAGUAAAAACUAGCUUUUAACUUAGUAAAUACAACAUGGUAUUUAAAAUCGGGUCACUAUACUAGGAUUCUAAAUAUUGCCAAUUGAAAAACCAGAAGUAUUAUUACUGUUGCAAAGCGUUGGCAAUAAUUGACUCCAAUAGCAUUUUAAAUGCUUGAAUUCCACAACUGUUUUAUAAACCCAAGCAAUACAAUGGAUUUUCUAAUUCACUUUAAUUCUUCAUUUCUCUUACUUAUGUCUUGGUACAUAAAAAAAGUGUUUCAGUCACUGCAUUGGUACAGUUAUUUCAGUGUUAUUACUUUGUGAUUUGAGAUGUCUAUGCAAAAUGAAUUGGUUUUAUUUAUACUGUAAUGCAGUUGGUUGAGAAAUAUUUUUAAUUCUAUUUCAAUUUUAU